GGGAGAAGAGGGUUGGUUUGGUUGUUGUAUAAACAUCUUCUUCAGCAGAGAGAGAGAGAGUAGCUCUGAUUCUUAUUCUUCACCAGAGAACCGAUGAAGCGAUCAAUAAUCGAAGUCAUCGGAUCGAAUUCACUCGAUUCCUUCAAUGCUAAGAAACCUGUCUUCCUCACCAAAUCUCAGCGCGAAGAGUUUGCCCUAAAACGCAGCCAAGAUCAAACCGUCGAUCGCAGUACAGACCGGGACCUAUAUCGCGACCUAGAUGGAGAUAGAGAUAGAUAUAGUGGGAGGAGGGAUAGAGAUAGGGAUCGUGAGCGUAACCGCCGUGAGCGAGACCGGCGAAUCCGAGAUCGGGAGGAGCGAGAAGAAGAAGAAGAAGCCAAAUCUCGCGAAGAGAAGGCGGCGCGUGUUGAGAAGACAAUAGCUCGAGAGCGUGAGAAGGCUCUCGAGGCCAUCAAAGAGCAGUACCUCGGAGUCGGAGGCAAGAAGAGAGUCAUCACAAGACCAAACGCCAAGUCCCGUUUCUCCUUCGACUGGGAAAACACAGAGGACACUUCAAGAGACACCAACGCUCUCUACCAAAACCCUCACGAAGCUCAGCUCCUCUUCGGCCGAGGCUUCCUCGCCGGCAUGGACCGCCUCGCGCAGAAAAAACAAGCCACCAAGCACCAGAGAGAGACGAGACCAGAAGAUGCGUUUGAUUGGAGGGAGAAGAGACUAGAGGAGAUGACCGAAAGAGACUGGCGCAUCUUUAAAGAAGACUUCGACAUCUCUUACAAAGGCUCCAAGAUUCCUCCUCCUAUGAGGAGCUGGGGAGAGAGCAAGCUAAGCUCCGAGAUUCUAAGAGCUGUGGAGAGAGCCGGCUACAAGGAACCUAGGCCGAUUCAAAUGGCAGCUAUACCGCUAGGUCUACAACAGCGUGACGUCAUCGGCGUUGCAAAGACUGGUUCGGGAAAGACUCACGCUUUCGUCUUGCCGAUGUUAGAUUACAUAUCUAGAUUGCCGCCUAUGAGCGAGGAGAGUAAAACCGAGGGUCCUUAUGCUGUGGUCAUGGCGCCUGCUCGUGAGCUUGCUCAGCAGAUUGAGAAGGAAACUGUUAGGUUUGCGGAUUCUCUAGGGUUUAGGGUGACUUGUUUAGUGGGUGGUCAGUCUAUUGAGGAACAGGGGUUGAAGUUAGCACAAGGGUGCGAGAUUGUGAUUGCUACUCCCGGUCGUUUGAUUGAUUGCCUCGAGAGACGGCUUGUGGUGCUGAACCAGUGCAACUACGUGGUUCUUGAUGAGGCUGAUCGGAUGAUAGACAUGGGUUUCGAGCCUCAGGUUGCAGCUGUGUUGGACGCGAUGCCUUCUAGUAACUUGAAACCGGAUAAGGAAGAAGAAGAGCUUGAGGAGAAGAAGGUUUACAGAACCACGUAUAUGUUCAGUGCUACAAUGCCUCCUGGUGUGGAGCGGCUAGCUAGGAAGUACUUGAGGAACCCUGUUGUUGUCACCAUUGGUGGUACUGCAGGAGCAGGAGAGGCCACGGAGGGUUUGAUAUCGCAGCACGUGAUUGUGAUGAAAGAAUCUGACAAGUUCUUCAGACUGCAGAAACUUCUCGAUGAGCUCGGCGAUGAUAAAACCGCCUUUGUGUUUGUCAACACGAGGAUAAAAUGCCACUCUAUUGCUAAGAAUCUGGACAGGGCAGGGUACCGCGUCACGACCUUGCACGGUGGGAAGUCGCAAGAGCAAAGAGAAAUCAGCUUGGAAGGGUUCAGAGCAAAGAGGUACAACGUUCUCGUUGCGACGGAUGUUGUAGGCCGUGGAAUUGAUAUUCAAGAUUUGUCUCAUGUCAUAAACUAUGACAUGCCUAAACCUAUACAGAUGUAUACGCAUCGUAUCGGGCGUACAGGACGUGCUGGGAAAAGCGGUGUUGCUACUACGUUCUUGACUCUUUGUGAUACUGAUGUGUUUUAUGAUCUUAAGCAGAUACUUGUUCAGAGCAACAGUGCGGUGCCUCCAGAGCUGGCUAGACAUGAAGAGUCAAGAUCCAAACCAGAAACCAAAUGAUGCAAUAAAGGAGAAUAUGUUUACGACUCUGACACCAAGGCAACCACCAAAAGCAAACAUGAACAACAGAAACAACGAAAACAAAAACAACAACAUAUGAAAGAAGAAUCUAGCAGACCCAGUAAGGUUUCUAUGGAUCUGCAAGAAGGGGUGCGUAGGAUGUUAUUGUGACAGACCCUGAGCUAACUCCUGUUGGUGCCUGAGAUGGCACCGCAAGAACAGAACCUGAGCUGACUCCAGACGGCGCACGAGAAAGCACGCAGAAAUGAAGCUUCGAAUCCGAACGAUCCCAGUACAUUCCAAUCUCAUCUUUCUUCUUCAAACCCCUCCUGAUGACAAAAUCAAGAAACCAUCCACCGGUGAGAACAUAGGAUCCACGCUUGGUCAGUUUCGUUAGAAGCAUCUGGUGCGUAGACUCAGUAUCGUGAUCAUACACGUCGACUGUUAACCCCGAGCCUUCUUGGACCAUCUUUCGGUGACCCUCAGGGAGAUAUCUCACUAAGUGGCUAUCGACGGUUCUGGCAUUUAGAAGAAGACGGUUUAGGUGGCUACGAUCGCUUAUAGUCAGUUUCUUCUUGAUGGUCCAUGGAUCGGUGAAGAGAGUUAACUCUGUCGAGACGCCGUACUUCUCCUCCUCUUCUCUUCCUUCAUUCGAGAGAAGCUUAAGCUUCAUCAGCGAGGUCUCUUUUUCCUCAGUACAUGAUAUCUUGGCAUCAUCACUACUCUUAGGCCAUGUUGGGUCGUACAAAAACAGAGUCACGGAGCAAUCAGUCUCUGACUCUGAAACAGGAGGCAUCUCGCUGACAACAUUGGGGAUCAAGGAAAGUAAGUCCUGAGUUAAAUUUUGCGGAUCCUGGAUCAUUUUGGUUCAAUUCCUCUGCACCGUGCAAGACUGCAAUAUAGAGAGCGAGUGACCAAAAAGUCAUUUGAAAUUAUUUAGCUGGAUCAAAGCUCUUUUAUUUAAUAAUUGACUUCAAUAAAUAAAUAAAUUAAAUUAAAUGAACGUAUAGUUUGCAUUUUUUUUU